UGCAAUUGCCGAAAACCGAACAAAACAAUCACACCAUUCCAACCGCCUCCCUCCCUCCCGGCAAUACAAACAAGCUUUACUUGAAAACAAAAAGAAAAAAAAUAGAGAAAUGCAUUUGAACGGGAAACCAGUCAGAGCUUGUUCUUCUCCAUUCAUGGCUCUCUCCCACUCCUCUCUCUUUCUCUCCCACUCUCACUCCUCGUUCCCUGCCUACCCUAAUCUCACCCGCCGCUACACCCUCCCUCGGCGCACCCAAACCCUAUCCUGCAGCACCGACAACUCCACCUCCGACAAGAAAUCGUUUGCGGUGGCUACUGGGGAGCUCUUCCUGGGCCUGGCCUCGCGGCUCUUCGUCAAGAGGCCCAGGAGAGGCCCCAACGGCGAGAUGGGCUCGGUGGUGAUGUUCGACGACUCUGGGCCGGACGAUGAGAGGAUUGGGGCGGUGGUGAAGGACGAGGCUGAGCCCCAGGUGAUAUGGGAGCAGCGCGUCAAGGAUGUGGAGGCCGAGCGCCGACGCCGUGUCGUUACCAGCCCCGGGUUCAGCUUCUCCGCCGCUGGCCUUUUGUUUCCCUACCAUCUUGGGGUCGCUCAGUUUCUCAUUGAGAAGGGUUAUAUCAAGGAAACCACACCAUUAGCUGGUUCCUCAGCGGGUGCGAUAGUCUGUGCGGUAGUUGCCUCUGGAGCCAGUAUGGAAGAGGCAUUGAAAGCUACCAAAAUACUGGCUGAAGAUUGCCGGAAUAGAGGGACGGCAUUUCGGCUUGGGGCUGUUCUUCGGGAUGUUCUUGACAAGUUUCUGCCAGAUGAUGUUCAUAUUAGGUCCAGUGGUAGGGUUCGUGUUGCUGUAACCCAGAUUCUCUGGAGACCUAGGGGUUUAUUGGUCGAUCAGUAUGAUUCCAAGGAAGAUCUCAUCAAUGCGGUUUUCACUUCUUCUUUUAUUCCAGGAUAUCUUGCACCAAGGCCAGCUACAUUGUUUCGGAAUAGACUUUGUAUUGAUGGUGGUUUGACGUUGUUUAUGCCACCAACCUCUGCUGCACAGACGGUUCGUAUUUGUGCUUUUCCAGCCAGUCGAUUGGGAUUGCAAGGGAUCGGGAUCAGCCCAGACUUGAAUCCGGAAAAUAGGGCCAGUCCCCGAGAGCUUUUCAAUUGGGCACUUGAGCCUGCAGAAGAUUAUGUUCUUGACCAACUCUUUGAGGUUGGAUAUAAAGACGCAGCUGUUUGGGCAGAAAAGAACCCCGUCGAAGUAGUUGAAGAUGACAAUCCCCUAGUUGGAAAUGGCCUUGCCUCUUCAUCAUGGUUGUGACUGACCCUGGUUUGAUGUAGACGAUGUAUAUAGAUCAUGGGGUAAUUCUGCAACCUUUGGAUCCUGUUAUUCAUUGUCAGAUGGCAUGCCCGAGGCUAAUUUUCCCCUUGCACUGUAGUGCCUCUUUAUAAAGGCAAGAAUGGACAGUCUCAUAUACUAGGGCAUAUUGUAUAACAAGAUUGGUCAAGCUCAUUGCAAGAUAUUUGAGAAAGGAAAUGGGAAAAAAUAAAAAAUGAGAAAGUCAUAAAAUAGCUUGAUUUGAGAUUAUAAAGAUUAGUUCAAUUUCAAGUUGAGUUUCAUCUCAAGUGAACUCAAUCUUCAUUAAAGAUUGGUUCAAUUUUCUUGAUGAACUUUUCAGAAGAGCUCUGUCAUUUGUAUACAUAUAAUUGUAAUACACAAACAGAAGUAUUCCAUCA